UUUUUGUAGAGUAAUAAGUGGAAAAGUGUUAUAGGUUUCAGCAUAAUGGUAACUCUUAGAUUUACUGCUUCCGAAAAGCCCAUGCUGUUCUUAGAGCCAGAUAUUAUUUACCGUAUAGGCAGCAGAUCAGGCUUGGAGCUACAUAGUGACGAUGAGUCCAUGGAGUUGGCACAUGCCACAAUUACCUUGCUAUCGGACGACACUGUUAAGCUUUGCGCUGUGGGUGGCAGGAUCUAUGUGAAUGGAAGCGAAACCGAAGUUCGGCGCAUUACAAGAACAGACGCUAACAAUGGACAGGUAGAGCUUCGUUUUGGCAAUGCCGCCGCCAAACUGCACUUUAUUGAUUUCGAAGAGGCACUCAAUAGCACCGGCUUGGCAGAAGAUUCGGUUGACAUAACGCCUGAUAGUUUCCUUAUACCAGAAACGGCGCCAGCCUCGGCAAACGCUACAAGCAACAUGGACAGCUUUAAUAUACCCGAAACACAGGCUGUUAACUUUGCCAUGUGUGAUGAUUUUAUUAUACCCGAAACACAAGAUGUGCGGCCGGCUCUGUCUAACGCUCCAGAACCAAACGUAAGCGAAGAUGAUUCCUCGGAACUCGGGUCACAGAUACGUAUGUGUACGCAGGACUUUAACGAGGUGAAUGAGGAUGCCUUCGAUGAUUUGGAUUCGUCUUUGCUGCUGAAGCAGGCAAGUGAAUCCAAAUUCAAUCAGACAACAGAUACAUCUGCUUUGAAUUGGUCUGUUACCACCCCUGGUCGCUUUGAGCAGGAUGUAACUGGUAAAGUUCCAGAUGCAGAUGUACCCUGCACACCGGAUAUAUUGGAAUUGCUGGAAGGCAAUUAUUCCAAUGAAGGUCAGGAAGCGCCAGCUACUUUGGAAACGCCAGAGGAGACGCCCCAGGACGCCAUCGAAGAUUUUGAUUCGUCCUUGCUGCUGAAGCCGGCACGUGCAUCCAAAUGCAACCAGGUAAAAGAUACCACUACGUUGAAUUGGACUGGUACCAAUAGGAACAGCACUAAGCAUCAGCAUCAGAGUGUUCGUAGCGAAGGACACUGCAUUACACCUGAACUUUUUCAGCAGGAUGAGGCCGGCAAAGCUGAAGCGACAGAUCUACCGCGCACAUCGGAUAUAUUGGAGUUGCUGGAAGGCAAUAAUUCCAAUGAGGACCAGCAAGCUUCAGCUGCUUUGGAAACACCAGAGACUACGCCAACAGAGCAACAGGAGCGACAUGAGCAAGAUUUUAUUGCUACACAAUUAUUUGUCAGGCAGGAUGCCAUCGAUGAUUUUGAUUCGUCCUUGCUGAUGGAGCCGCCACGCAGAGUCAGUUCAACUAAAAUUGGCAAUUUGGUGGUGCCUGCAAUAUCCACAAAUAACUCAAAAAGAUGCAGCAUCAAUCACCAGGACGCCCAGGACUUGUUGCCAACGCAGCCAUUUUUAAAGCUGAAAGACUUGGUAGACAACCAGGGAAACUUUCAGGACUUUAUUGCCACACAAGCGUUUAUAAGUGUAGCUGCCUUAGAACCAUCAGAGGAUGUGCCCACAGAGCAACAGGAGCAGGAGCAUCAUGAUCAAGAUUUUAUGCCUACACAACCAUUUGUCAGGUUCAGUUCAACAAAAGUUGACAAUGUAAUGGAGUCUGCAAUAUCCACAAAUAACUCCAAUAAUCAGUACGCACAGGAUUUUAUACCAACACAGCCAUUUGUGAAGCGCAAGCAUCAGGAAAACUUGCAGGACUUUAUACCCACGCAAGCGUUUACAAGUCCUACAGUGUCACCAAAAGCUACUCCGCCUACGCAGGAUAUGCUGGCGACGCAAUUAUUUGUACCACAAAAUGAAAAGACAGUAGCUGUUGUUGCCGAGAACGCUCUGGACAUAACCAACACUUUAAGCAUGUACGACGAACUAGAUAACGAGUUGAUAGGGCUUGUUGCCUUAGCUGACCAGUCGAUUUCACCCUCAGACAAUCAGAAUUUAAGUGAGAGCAGACUGCUUGAAUUGACAGGGUUGAAGCCAUGUGAAGUAGCCCUACAACGAAAACGUGCCUCACCUAGCAUUGAAACCUCAGAAGUAACAGCUAACAAGCAACUUCGCAUUCGUCAAGAGCCUGCGUCAGCAAAAGUAAAAAAAGUGCGUACAGUCAGUACAGACAGUUCAGUGAGCGGUUCUGAGUCCGCAUUGUCUCACCGCUUGCUGAAAUCACGCAACAGAAAAACAAAAGCAGUAUUUAAGUCCACUACCUCUACGCCAGCAACGAAAGUCCAUGUGGCUGCUAAAAAAGAAGACUUACAGUCUGACAGCGAAGACUCUAACAGUAUCAAACAAGCAGCUUCCCUGAACUCUCAACGGCUGGUUAGAAUAAGAAAUUGUUCACUGUUGGCGGAGAGUUUUAAAUAUCAAGCAGCUGAAGCAAUUUUAAAUAAAUCCCAACUAAACGGAGAGAAAACAAAGGCGGAGCAACCAACAAGUUCCGAGGCAUCUGCUCAGCUUCACUCAUUGAAAGACAUCAAUUCCUACUUAAGGAGCAUUAAAUACUCUGGACACAAAAUAAAAAUCUCAACGUCCAUGUGUAAUCUUAAACAAUUGGAAAAGCUGCUUAGCUCGCUCAGAAAUGCUAUAGAGUUAUCUGCAGACCCCGUUCGGUCGGAUGUGUUGAUUAUGGACCGUGGCGAGCGCACUUAUAAGUUUCUAGUAACAGUCGCCAGCGGCAAACCCAUACUCUGUACCAAGUGGCUGCAGUCCCUAAAGGAUACACGUUCUAUAACAGUUAAGCCAACGCAUCUCUUCAAUGAUGACAAAUUUGAAACGCAGUACAAAUUCCAGCCUUUGGCUACGACGAAGCAAGCCAAACUAUUAAGGAACAUAGACUUCAUGUUGGGCACUGAGAUACAGCCUUCUGCCCAGGAAUUGAAAGCUAUUAUAGAAUGCGCUGGCGGCACAGUAUUUACCAAACCUCCGCGCAAAAAUCGUUUUUAUAUGGUGGCUUCCAAAGAUGAUAUGCGCAGUUUCCAAAGUCUGCACAGCUGUGAUAAUGUGGUCUAUAUCAAAACGGAGGGCGUCAUGCAGGCGCUAGUGCAAAAUCGGGUAGAGCUGCUUGAAAGCUACAAACUUGACAUUAGUUAAACAAAUUUCUGUUCGUUUUGUUUAUUUUGUUUUAAUUAUAAUUGUA